GGGCCGUGGCGGCGGGGCCGACUCAGGCCGCCGUCCCGCCCCUCCCGUCCGGCCUCCUCCGCCGCCGCUGCCGCCGCCACCACCGCCUGGGGGUUGGUUGAGGCGGACGGUGGAGUCCGGGCCGGAGUGUGGCGCCGCAGCUGCGCGAAGGAGAAGUGGGCAGCCAGAAAAUGGGUAAGAAGAGUCGAGUGAAAACUCAGAAAUCAGGCACUGGGGCUACAGCCACUGUGUCACCGAAGGAAAUCCUGAAUCUGACCAGUGAGCUCUUGCAGAAAUGCAGCAGUCCUGCACCUGGCCCAGGAAAAGAAUGGGAAGAGUACUUGCAAAUCCGGUCUCUGGUUGAGAAAAUACGAAAAAAGCAAAAAGGUCUGUCUGUAACCUUUGAUGGAAAAAGAGAAGAAUACUUUCCUGAUCUAAUGAAAUGGGCAUCUGAAAAUGGGGCUUCUGUCGAUGGUUUUGAAAUGGUUAACUUCAAAGAAGAGGGCUUUGGUUUGAGAGCAACAAGAGACAUCAAGGCAGAAGAAUUAUUUUUAUGGGUUCCACGAAAAUUACUAAUGACUGUUGAAUCAGCUAAAAAUUCAGUAUUGGGGCCCUUAUAUUCUCAAGACCGAAUUCUUCAAGCCAUGGGAAAUAUCGCGCUGGCUUUUCAUCUGUUGUGUGAGCGAGCUAGCCCCAACUCUUUCUGGCAGCCCUACAUUCAGACCCUCCCCAGUGAAUAUGACACUCCUCUGUACUUUGAAGAAGAGGAAGUUCGGUGUCUUCAGUCGACACAAGCUAUACAUGAUGUCUUCAGCCAGUACAAAAACACAGCUCGACAGUAUGCCUAUUUCUAUAAAGUCAUUCAGACCCAUCCUCAUGCCAGCAAACUGCCCUUGAAGGAUUCUUUCACUUACGAGGACUACAGGUGGGCAGUCUCUUCUGUCAUGACACGGCAAAACCAGAUUCCCACAGAGGAUGGUUCCCGGGUGACUCUGGCCCUGAUUCCUUUAUGGGAUAUGUGUAAUCACACCAAUGGCCUGAUCACGACUGGCUAUAACCUGGAAGACGACCGCUGCGAAUGUGUAGCUCUGCAGGAUUUUCGGGCAGGAGAGCAGAUUUACAUUUUCUAUGGCACUCGGUCAAAUGCAGAGUUUGUGAUCCACAGUGGCUUUUUCUUUGACAAUAAUUCACAUGACAGAGUGAAAAUAAAGCUUGGAGUGAGUAAAAGUGACAGGCUCUAUGCCAUGAAGGCUGAGGUCUUGGCUCGGGCUGGCAUCCCAACUUCCAGUGUUUUCGCUUUGCAUUUUACGGAGCCGCCGAUUUCUGCCCAACUUCUGGCUUUUCUCCGAGUAUUCUGCAUGACCGAAGAAGAGCUGAAAGAACAUUUGCUAGGAGACAACGCUAUCGAUAGAAUCUUCACCUUGGGUAACUCUGAAUUUCCUGUCAGCUGGGACAAUGAGGUCAAACUUUGGACGUUUCUUGAAGAUAGAGCCUCGCUUCUUUUAAAAACAUAUAAAACAACGAUUGAGGAAGAUAAGGCUGUUUUGAAAAACCAUGACCUUUCUGUUCGUGCAACAAUGGCCAUUAAAUUGCGCUUAGGUGAAAAGGAGAUUUUGGAAAAAGCAGUGAAGAGUGCAGCUGCCAGCCGGGAAUAUUACCGCAAACACAUGGAGGAGAGGGUUCCGCUCCCCAAAUACGAGGAGAGUGACCUUGGGCUAUUGGAGGGCGGUGUGGGGGACUCAAGGCUCCCACUGGUCUUGAGAAACCUCGAGGAGGAGACGGGUGGGCAGGAGGCCUUAAGCCUCAAGGAGGCUGUCAGUAAAGCUAAGGUUGCCGAAAACGGGCUCAUCAAUGGCGAAAACUCUAUCCCCAAUGGGACCAGGUCCGAAAACGAAAACUUAAAUCCAGAAGAAAGGAAAAGAGUGAUUGAAGAUGCCAAAGAAUCUUCAGAUAGCACUGACAAAGUGAAAGAGCAGCUCUGAGAUGCCUCGCACUCCGUUGGGAAAUCCAGUUUAGCUGAAGUUUUGAACAGUCCACUUACAUCGCUGUGUUCCUUGUUAACAUUUUUCUUUCUGCAGAGAGGAAAAUAUGUUUUUGCUGCUUUCUAUAAAAAUGAUUUUUUAAGUUAUUUUAAAGAUCUAGUUUCCCUUUUUGAUUAAGAUUGCCAGCUUGCUUCUAGGCAAAACAAACAAGUUAAUAGCAACAAAGGGGAAGAGGUGCCUGUGGAAGAUCCUGCACACCCGUAGUGGGCACUUGUGUUUUCUUCCUGGGGAAGAAUUCAGCUCCUCGCUCAGCUGUGCUCUCGUGAGGCAGUCUUCUUGACGGCAGAAUGAAAGCUGGCUCUGCCUCCCGCCAGCAGAGUUGAUGGUGGAACUCUGAGUGUUCAGUGGAAGGUGGGAGAUGGCACAGCAGAAAGCAGGGUUAAAGUUAGGAAACUGCAUUUAGAGUCUGGGUGAAAUCUUUCUUUCCUCCUUAAAAAAAAAAAAUAAUACCCCAGUACCAAACAAAAAGGUAAGGUGGCAACCUUAUUUUUAAUAGUUUUAAAUGUUGAUAAUAAUCCUGAUUAUAUAAAUAUAUAUAUAUACACACACGUAUCUAAUGAUUUCUAAAGAUUUGUUUACUUUUUGUGUUUUUGUUUCGCUGUAUUAAGAACUUGUCCUUUUCCUUAAAUCCAAGUAGGACAUGCGUCCUUCUCCUAAUUUUAAUGUUGGCUCUGAUUUCAAAGUGGCACAUUUGAUUUCCAGUAUUGGCAAAGGAGAGUUUGCAGACACAGCAGCCCACGCUUUACGUAGUGGUGUUCAAGGUGAGGCGGCUCCCUGGCUUUUCUGGUUUUCACAACAAGCUAGAGAUUUUCAAAGCUACUCUUUUGAGUAAAAACCCUUAUUAAAAGGAAAAUAUGAUUAAU